UGAGAUGUCAAAAUAGAAAGAAUUUGACAAAAAAUUAAAAAGUAUCAAACUGAUUAGUUAUUAAGUAUGCUUACUGUCAAUAAUUUAUUUUUUUUACAAAUAUAACAGUGUAUUUAUAAAAUUUAUUAUCAUGGCAUUUUUAGAGUGGCGUCGAUUUAAUUUUUUCGAUUUAAGAAAAGAAAUUGAUGGAGGAAAAAUAGCUGAAGCUCUUGUGGAUGUCCAAGUAACGGCAGCUACUAGUGGCAAUGGAUCUUUAAUUUUGGGUGACAAUGCAGGAAAUAUACAUGUUGUUAAGAGAACAUAUCAAGUAUCAACAUUCAAAGGUUAUGAAAUAAGUGUAACCCUUGCCGAGCAAGUUCAACAUUCAACGUAUCUUUUUACUAUUGGUGAAGAUGAUCCAGGAUGUAAUCCAACUAUCAAAGUCUGGAACUUUGCAAAACUUGAUAAACAAGAAAAUCCAACAUGUGUUCGGAUAAGUCGUGCAAUUCCAAGCUUUCGAGCAGUUCCUGCAACUUGUUUAUGCAUUCAUCCAAGUCUUACUUUAAUGGCUGUCGGAUUUUCUGAUGGAUCCAUUAUGCUUUAUCGUGGUGAUAUUACGAGAGAUCGAAAGAAUAAAAUAAGAGUAAUUAAAGAUAGUACUCCACCUAUCACAGGAAUGGCUUUCAGAUCUACCGGAAAACAAAAUUAUUUAUUCGUCGCAACAACUCUAAAUGUAUAUCUGUAUAAUAUCACAUUGAAAGAUAAAGAAGUGAAAACAGUUCUAGACAAUAUCGGUUGUGCUAGUCGGUGUUCAGUUUUAGCAGAGACUGCUCAAGACAGUCAUUUUAUGAUUGGUAGAAAUGACGCUGUUUAUUGUUACACGCUCGAUGGUCGUGGCCCUUGCUAUGCUGUAGAAGGUCAAAAAAUAAUGCUAGAUUGGUGUCGGGGUUAUUUAGUAAUAAUCGCUAAAGAAUCUGGAAAUGUUUCUAGAUCGACUACGACAAUUAGUGCUAAACCAAGUACGAUUGAACCUAUUCCACCAGGAGCAGAUAAACACACUAUUACAGUUCUUGAUAUACAGAACAAAUUUAUUGUUUUCUCUGCUUCUAUGAUAUCAAUUCAAGCAAUUUUAUCGGAAUGGGGCGGAUUUUUUAUUUUUAGUGGUGAUAAUAAACUUUAUCAUCUUGAUGAAAAGGAUCUUCAGCAAAAGUUAGCUCUUUUAUUUAGAAAAAAUCUUUACGAUGUCGCGAUAAGAAUUGCUAAAAGUCAGCAGUAUGAUUCUGAAGGUUUCGUAGACAUUUUCAGGAGAAACGGAGAUCAUUUAUAUUCGAAGGGUGAUUACAAUGGAGCAAUUGAGCAAUAUAUAAGGACAAUAGGAAAAUUAGAGCCUUCAUACGUAAUUAGAAAAUUUUUAGAUUCGCAGCACAUCGACAAUUUGACAACUUAUCUUCAAGCUCUUCAUAAACGAGGCCAAGCAACUGAGGAUCAUACAACUUUAUUGCUAAAUUGCUAUACUAAACUCAAUCAUACGGAUAAAUUGAAGGAAUUUAUUAUGACUAAAGAUCGAGAAGUUGAUUUUGAUGUAGAAAUUGCUAUAAAAGUCUGCCGCCAAGCUUCUCCUGAAGAUGCUUUAUUACUUGCAAAAAAACAUAAGAAGCAUGAAUGGUAUUUAAGAAUUCAACUUGAGGACAAGAAAGAAUAUAAAAAAGCGUUAGAGUAUAUGGAAAGUUUAAAUUAUGAAGAAGCCGAAUCGAAUAUGAAAAAAUAUGGAAAAAUUCUUAUAGAAAACGUUCCUGAUGAAGCAACACAAUUUCUAAAAAAACUCUGCACAAAUUAUCGUUCAACUGAUAGAACUUCAAUUGAUCAAAAUGUUAUAGAUACUACGAAUCUUGAUGAUAAUGUUGAGAAAGCUAAUCCUGAAGAUUUUAUUCAUUUAUUUCUCAAUAACUCGGAAAGAUUAGUAGAAUUUUUGGAGCAUUUAGUUAAAUGCGAUACAAGAUGGAGUACUUUGGUGUACAAUACUUUAGUAGAACAUUACUUACAUGUUUGGAAUGCUUUAGAUUCUAAAGUGACGAAACUUCAGUAUGAACAAAAAGUUAUUAGACUCCUACAAAAUUCAGAAGCUUGUUAUGAUAAAGAUCAAAUUUUAAUUCUUUGCCAUCAACAUAAUUUCCGAAGAGGACUUUUAUUCCUUUAUGAAGAAAAAAAGCUUUACUAUGAGAUUCUACAGUAUCAUUUGAGAGAAGGUGAUGAUGAGUCUGUCUUAUCUACAUGCAAGCGAUUUGGACAUCAAGAUCCUAAUUUAUGGAUUCAAGCACUCUGGAGUGUUGCAAGAAAUCGAAAAGCAUCGCCAAAGCUUUUGGCUGAUAUUUUAUCUUACAUUUCUUCAGAAAAACUAUUGUCACCAUUAAUGGUGAUUGAUGCACUCUCUACAUCAUUAACUUGUACCCUUGGUGAUGUUCGAUCAUAUUUAAACUCCGUUUUAAAGUCUGAGCAUGAGCAAACAUUACAGGAUGCUGAAUCAGUUAAUAAAUAUCGUAAAGACACUGAAAAAUUACGAGAACAAAUAUCAGAGAUUAAAAAUUCUACGAUUAUCUUUCAAGGAUCACGUUGUAGUGCUUGUCAUCAUCAACUUGAGUUACCAUCUAUUCAUUUCAUGUGUCAACAUUCUUAUCAUCAACAUUGUUUUCAAAGUUUUUCAGAAAAUGAGACUGAAUGUCCUGCGUGUCUACCAAACAAUAAAACAUUAUUGGAUAUAAUUAAAGCUCAAGAACAAUCUCGAGAUCUUCAUGAAACAUUUCAUAGUUUGCUUGAUCGAGCUGAAGAUCCAUUUUCACUUGUUGCUGAAUAUUUUGGUCGAGGUGUAUUUAAGAAACUUAUGGUAAUUACUGAUGCUGACAAACCAAUUCUUCCAGUUUCUGGGGCACUUAAUCGAAAUCCACCUCGAAAAAAUCAAGAAAUUAAACCAGAUUAUAAUGCAUUUGGACCAGGUGUUGAAGCAAAACUAAGAUUAGCUGAAGGAAAAAGUAAUUUAGUAAAAACAGAGAAAGUUGAUCAUUUUUCUGGAAAUGAAAGAAGAAAUAUGGGGAAACCUGAAGUAUAUUCAACGACUCUGGAAGCAAAUAUAAGUUCAACAAGUGGAGUUUCUAAUGUAGUGAAAGUUAAUCCUUCAAAAUCGUCACCUUUACCUAUAAGAGAUGCAAAUAUUGCGAAUAACAGCUCAAGAAUUUCACCAGCAAACAAAGCUUUUGUAACUCCAAAAACACCUAUUAUUCCAACGAAUCCAGAGUCUGAGUAUGAUGAAAGAAAAAAUCCUUUUGCUAAAGAUCCCAAUAAUCCAUUCGACGAAGAUGAUGAUGAUGAAGAUGAAGAUGAUAAUUAUAAUAAAAAUUUAAAUCCAUUUGCUAGCUAAAUUAAAUUAUUCAUAAAUGCUAUUGCAAUGAGGGAUUAAUUAAAAUAGAUGUACUGGAGAAUCUAGUUAUAGUUUUCAUGCUGUAUUCAAUUUUUAACAGCUAUAACUUGAUUUUUCAUUAUAUUUUAAUCAUUUUUUAUAUGUAAAUAACACAAGCUAAAAAUAAAUAAU